AUGGUGAACGUCCCUAACACCUGCAGGACCUUCUGUAAGAAGUGUGGCAAGCACCCACCUCCUAAAGUGAUGCAGUACUUGGGAACCAGCAUACUAAAAAGCAAGGAUGCUCUGUGUGCUCAGGGACGGCGGCGUUACGACAGGAAGCAGAGCAGCUGUGGUGGACAGACGAAGCCUAUUUUCCGGAAAAAGGCAAAAAGUACAAAGAAGAUCGCGCUGAGGCUUGAGUGUGCGGAGCCCAGCUGCAGCUCGGAGAGGACGCUGGCUAGGAAGAGGUCCACGCACUCUGAACUGGGAGGGGGUGAGGAGAGCAAGGGCCAAGGGAGCCAGGUCUACGCCUCAUCUUCUCUAUCACGAAGACGACAAAACCUUGAGGGGAACGUCCACCUCAUUUGAUGACGGUUGG